GUGCCCAUAAGGGGACGGUGGGGUUGUUCUUGGUGUGAAGUAAUGGUGCUGUGGUUCGUGAGGGAUGCUGCUCGCUCUGCCCCUGCGGGCAGCCUGCAGCCUGCUGGCCUGGCUUUCCCUCUACACGUGGUUCUGCCAUCGUUACAAGCACCGGAGCUAUGAGUGGAGCUGCAGGCUGGUCACGCUGACCCACGGCAUCCUCGCUACGUGUCUCUCUGCUUACAUAGGCUUCAUCGACGGCCCCUGGCCUCUGAGUCACCCGGGAUCCCCAAACACAACCCUGCAGGUCCACGGGUUGUGCCUGAGCCUGGGUUACUUCCUCUUCGACCUCUGCUGGUGCGUGUACUUCCAGACGGAGGGUGCCCUGAUGCUGGCCCAUCACCUGGUGAGCAUUGUGGGCAUCGCCGCAUCGCUGGCGCUCGGUGAGUCGGCCGCCGAGGUCAACGCUGUCAUCUUUGGCAGCGAGAUCACCAACCCACUGCUGCAAGCUCGCUGGUUCCUCAAGGAGAUGGGCUGCUACCACAGCCUCACGGGGGACGUGGUGGACUUCUUCUUCGUGGUGCUGUUCACUGGGGUGCGGAUCGGGGUGGGGGCCUGGCUGAUGUACUGCGAGCUGACCUCACCCAAGCCCCGCUGGUACAUCAAGCUGGGAGGUGUCGUCAUGUACGCUGUCUCCUGGGUCUUCAUGGUCAGCAUCUGCCGCUUCGCCCGGAGGAAGAGCAUGAAGAAAUACCAUGCGUGGAGAAGCCAGAGGGGCAAGGAGCUGAGCUUGAGAACGAACGGACAUCUGAAAAGCCACUGAUGCUGAGUAAGGACUUCCUCAGGCUCACAGGCUGGCAAGGAGGGGAUCGUGCCUGAGAUGCCGCUGUCGGGAGAGGAGCCAGCACACGUUAGCAGUUCUGGAGCCAAACUUAUUCCUGGCAUAACUCCACUGAAAUCCAUGGAGCUAUGCCAUGGGUUCAUGGGAUCCGCAGCGCUUGGCCUGGCAGAGGCUGGCUCAGCGUGUACGUAAGCACACCCUAAAUUACACGAGUGAAAGAAGGGCUACUUUUACCUCCUAAACACAACUGGUCCAGCAGUGCAGGUGUACAUAGCAGUGCUAGCAGCUUCCUCCUUCGGUGCUGGUGUGAUCUCAGAAGAGAUGGGAAAACAGCACUAGAUAUUGGUGUUCUGUGUUCUGUACAGUCUAGGCAGCUAGAUGACUCUUUGUCCUGCUAGGAAGAAGCAUGUUGGAGUGUUUUGUGGGUGCUGGGAUUCCUGGCUCAUCUUCCAGCCUGUUGGGUGACCUUGGGCAAGUCCCUGAACUUCCUAACCCAGUGCCUCAUUUCCCCAUCUGUGAAGGGGGGUGAUGGAGCUGGUCCAUCUGUUAUGCACUUUCAGACCUUUACUCGAGAGGUGCUAUGGAAACACAAAGCGAUGGUUGUCUCCACUUUGUUCUUUAUCCCCGUGUUUCCUUUGGGAGAAGUGAUGGUGGUGGUUGAGCUACCCUUUCUAAUUCCAUUCUGUAACUUAUUUGCUAACACAUGGAUAACUGAUUUUCCAAUUGAGUCAGCAGCUCUGCUCAGUGUGAGCGCCUUGCAGGACUCGGUGCUCUGAACCCAAAAGUUGCCACCCCUGAUGUGAAGCACUUUGGGGACUUUUUCCACUCCUCUUCACCCCGACUGUUAAAGCUCCAGCCAUGCUUUCCAAAUCCUGCCUUUAGCCCUCUGGGUGAGCAGUGUUCUCCAUAGGAGGAACCCCAUCAGGACUUGCAGUAAGUGGUUUUUGGGUGGACCCCUGACGUGGGCGCUGCUGUGUCUGCAGAAUGGCAGCUCCUCUUUGCUGUACUAUUGGUUGUUCCAGAUUCAGGCCAGUGCAUCUGAACCCAGAGUCUGGCACUUAAAGAUUGUGGAGGAGUGUAGGUGCUGGGAAGAUGACUGGAAAAUGCAGCUCACUUAGAAUGAGCAUUGAUGUUUUUCCCCAGGACAGUAGCUAUCAGUUUUGACAAGAGUAUUUCCUGGGAUAUGUGAUUAGAGAGUGUCCAGAAUACACCUCCAAAACAUGCUGGUUAGGGUGUGAUGUUACAAAGCAAGGCUUGUUGUCUGCCUUCUGGGCUCCAGCAUGGAAUCCCAGACCCAAGGAAGGAGUACAAAGCUGUGGAGCACACAGUGGGAUCUGUCCUCAGGUCAAUCUGCAAAGGGAGCUGCAGAACUAGCGUGAAAUAAUAACUUGUGUUUGAAUUACUGUGUAAUAGCAACUAAUGUUCCACCAGUGAAUGGUGUAGAUGCUUUGUAUGAUGUUUUAUAAAAUAAAGAUUAUUUAAUUAC